ACCGAUAAUUAAUUUUAAAAACAGAUUUCUUGUUGAAAAUCUCGAUACAAAAAAAAACCCCACUUUUUCCUUUUUUUCUUUUCUUUACAAUUUACACUAUGACUAUGGAGGAAGUCACGCGCGAUUCUACAGAAGAAGCAGAGUUUGGUGAUAUCGACCUUUCCGGGACUUUAUCUUCUGUUCAUGUGUCUGACAAAAGCAAUAACCUUACAGCAGACCGACUAUUAGAUGAGCUUCCUAUACCUCAACACCAACAACCACUUUAUACAACAGACUUAGACACCAGUAGAAACACGUAUGAUCAAUUCUUUGAAGAAGUAUCGUUGGAUUUACCGAGAGAUAAAGACGACGGACAAGACUCACCUUCUCGACUUAUGAAACUUAUACCUCGCCGUCAGAACAGCAAUUCAACACAAAAGACACCUAGUACAAGAGAUAGUUUUCAUGCAGAAUCAGCCAUGAAAAUCACUACAUCAGACAUUUCAGGCCCCUUUUAUUCAAUAUCAGACGUAUUGGAUGAUUCACCCAAUAAAGCCGCUAGAGAAAGUGGAGAAUAUGAUUCUGUCAACAUCCAUCCUUAUCCCGGUGCUGCUCGUAGAAAUGUGAAUGAGGCAGAAGUUGUGGCUACAUCCGGUGGUGCAUCACUUCCUGUAAGGAGGACGUAAGUAGAUCAAUAUGAAAUAAACAUCUUAUUGUCUUAUAGAUUAAAUCCAUUUAAAAGAGCCAAAUCAAUCAACCAGAAGCCUUCUCCAUUAGAAACAGUCAUCUCAAAGACACGCCCAAGGUAAGCAUGACUACUGGCAAUAGUUAUAGUAACUACCUGACUGUAGAAUGCUUCCACCAAAAGACCC